UCCGUCAUCAGUAGCGUGCAUCUACUGUUGAGAUACUGCAAAUCAAUUUUGUAAUUUUCAGAGCUCUUUGUAACAUUUUUCACAUAUCGAAACGUGGUACUUUCUAUAUUUAACUGAUAAAGUAGCCUUCCAAUAUUGUAAAAUCGACUAACUUUAUUAAUGUUGCGUAACCCACUCGGGAAUGGAAACGUAGCCAUUUUAUAUGCGGUAGUAGGUCAACGUUAGCUGUUAGCCUGGUUAGCCUCUUGGAGCCCGGCCGGCUGAAUGUGAGCACAAAGGCCACAUACACUUUUAUUUUAACAAUGUAUCCCUCUUGGGGGAAUUAUGGCGGAUCUCAGUCACAAAACCAUGGAGGAUCCGGAGCCCGCAAGCCUCCUGCUGGCGGCCACCCCGGACAGUCACAGGGGUUCGGCAACUUCGAGGCCUCAUCCGGCGGCUCGUUGUUCUCCAGCCUUCAGGAGCAGCACCUCCAGCAGAUGCAGCAGCUGCAGAUGCUCCACCAAAAACAGCUUCAGUCGGUGUUGCAUCACGGGAACAAUACAAACUCGUACGGUGGUGGACACCCGGGUGGGUUUUCUGGUUCAUCGUGGCAUCCAGAAGGAUCGGGAUUUUCAGACACCGGUACUGAAACUCAGUCAUUCUUUAAACAAGGAGACCCUCCUUCUCAGCCGAUACGAGGACCAUCUGCUCAUCAGCAGGAUCACCCACAGCCUCCUCUGCCUCCAGAGUCCCAGCCUGAGCCUCCCCCUCCGGAACCCUCAUCAGCAAAACCACUGGAGAGCAACGGUGCUCCCAAAGCCAAACAGGACAACAACGGCUCAUCCAAGACAGAAGACGAAACAUCUCUACCUUUGCAGGAGCAACAGCAACUUUGGUAUAAACAGCAUCUAGAGAAUCUACAGAAGCUGAAGCAAGAAAAAGCCAAACAGAGUCAGAAUCAGAAAGAUAGUGAUGGACCUGCGACAGGGCCACUCAAGGGCAAAGGACUUCCUCCACCACCAUCAGAACCAAGAAAAGGUGCACCUCCUCCACCUCCACCCAAAGAGGAACCUCCAGCACCACCGCCACCACCUGUGGAGAGUGAAAAUGUAGGAAAAUCCCCUACAUUUACAGAGACACCCGAGGCUCCUCAAGAUCCAGAGGAGGCAGCCCGUCUCCAGCAGUUGCAGGCUGCAGCAGCACAGUGGCAGCAGGUACAGCAGCAGAGGGCAGGUUUACAAUAUCAGGCCCUGAUGCAGCAGCAUGAAAAGCUUCAGAACAUCCUGGAACAGUAUCAGCAGUUGAUUCCGCAGCCUCCAAACCUACACUCAAUGUCUGCUGAAAUGCAACUGAGGCACUAUGAAAUGCAACAGCAACAAUUCACGCCUUUAUUCCAAGACUGGGAUCGUUCUUUCGGUCUCUGGUAUGAACAGUUCCAAACCUAUCCCCACAAGGACCAGCUGCAGGACUAUGAGCACCAGUGGAAGCAGUGGCAGGAGCAGAUGAAUGCCACAAAUGCCCACCUUCAAGAGCGGGUGGCCACCCUCACUGCUAUGGUGCCAUUUGCCACAAAUCAGUAUAACAGUGGGAUGAUAGGACAAUAUGGACAUUACCCUGGGCAAGAUAUUCAAAUACAGCAGUCGGUAAAGACAGGUAUUGAGCAUCCCCCCGCUGCUAUUGCCCCUGGAUCCCAAGGCCCACCACCUACUGUCUUGGGGCCACAUUCAGAUUCACCUGCUGGAACCCCUGUGAGAGGCGCUGGUCCUGGCAUGGGAUCCAGACCGCUAGGUCCCCCUGUUCAACCACCAAACUUACAUGGCAUUAGAGGUCCACGAGCUAACAAUCCUAGGUUUGACCAGACACAGCAAGAUACUCCUCCAAGAUUUGACCAUCCACAGCAUCGCUUUGAUGGGCCCCCGAGGUUUGACUCUCCACAGCAGCGAUUUGAUGGGCCUCCAAGAUUUGACCCACCAUGGCAGCGUUUUGAUGCCCCUCCUAGGUUUGACCAACCUCGACAGCGUUUCGAUGGACCACCAAGAUUUGACCAACCACGGCAGCGUUUUGAUGGUCCACCUAGAUUUGAUCAACCGCUCAGAGGAAACCAACCUCGAUUUGGCCAACAGUCUAGGUUUGAACUCCCAAGGCUCCCUGGCCCCCCGCCUCGAUUUGAACGUCCUCCUGCGCCACAGCAAAAAGAACAGCAAGGUCCUCCAUCUAAGGCAGAACCAGCCACUAAACAACCUGCUAAUAUUGAUUCCAAGACUCUGGGAAAAUCUCUUGGGCUUCCUGAUAAAGAAAAAUGUUUAUCAGAAUCUGCUGAUCAUCCUGAUGAUAUGACAGAUGAUAACUUGCUCAGCAAUGAUGGCUUUUUUGUACAAAGUGAUCCUAUUCCACAGACAAUGGCAACAAGCACUGAUGCUGAAAAAUCAACUCAUAAUAUUGCUUCUGAUAACAGUGACAAAUCUAAACCUGCUGACAACAAAACCUUGCAAGUCCCCUUAAACAAACCCACUACUGUACCUUCAUGUGUAGUACCAAAAAAUACUGUUCCACAAAUUCCCCCUAAGAAAGAUGGACUAUUGAUAAACAAACCCCCAGUCCAACAAGAUUCACAAGCCACUGGCCAAAUGCAGUCAAGAUCAGAGCUCCCAAGGCCUCCCCCUGGCAGGGGACGAGGUCAGCCACCAGUACCUGUUCAAGCACGUGGGCGUGGGCAGAGGGGCCGUGGCGGAAUUUUUACGGGACCAAACAGUAUACCACUUGGGGGGGAGAUGGGGGAAACGACUUAUGAAUAUGGGCCACCUGAAGAGGACCUAGGAAUGUCAGAAGAGCAGGACGAGUAUAACUGGCAAGACCCUGCAUAUGAGGAGUUUGGUGAGGAUUCAGAGGCACCGCCUGAAGAAAUGUGGGUACCAGAUGAACAUUACUACCCAAAAGAUGAAGAUUAUUAUGAAGAGCCAGUAGGUGGACCUCCCAUAGGAAGAGGAGGCCACCCAAUGAUGAGGGGCAGACCACCUUUUGUAAGAGGAGGCCCCACCAUGGGUAGAGGCGGCCCACCUAUGGGAAGAGGAGGACCACCGAUGGGAAGGGGGGGUCCACCUAUGGGUAGAGGAGGUCCACCUGUGGGUAGGGGUGGCCCACCUAUGAUCAGAGGAGGCCCACCUAUGGGUAGAGGGGGACCACCUAUGGGUAGAGGAGGUCCCCCCAUGGGUAGAGGUGGUCCCCCCAUGGGUAGGGGAGAGCCAAUAGACAGGCAAUGGGAGGACCCAGAGUCAACAGAGUACCCAGAGGAAGGGGAUGACUGGGAAGAAAGGAGGCCUCCAAUGAGGCCUCCAAUGAGAGGCAUGCGACCCCCAUUUCCACCUGGCCGGGGCCGUCCACCUCGUGGUCACCCUCCUUUCAUGCACCCGGGAAGAGGACGUCCCCCUCAUCCAGCACAUAGACCAAUAGAUCACAAACUAUUAGGCCAUGGAAUGGAUCCUGAAGAUACUGAAAUGGAUUCAAGACACCCCAUGUAUCAUGAUCCUCACAGCCAUCCCAUGCAUCCUGAAGCAGGAAGAGGUAGGCCUCGUGGACCACCACUACCACCACCCCACGAAAUGAGGGAUCCUUCAAGAGAGCCAGUGUAUGAUGAAGAAAUGGAGGGAGAAUUAAGCUGGAAGCCACCAUAUGGUAGAGGCCGUCCUAUGGCUCCACAUGAGAUAAUUGAUAGGGGAGGAAUGAGGAGGAGACCUAUGGGUCGAGGCAUGGCCAGGGGCAUGUGGCGACCAGGUCCUAGUCCUCAUGAGGACUUUGAAGAGGGUUAUCAUGAGGGUUAUGUUGAGGAUUAUGGUCAUGGAGAAGACGGUUAUCGCUGGAGACCACCACAGGACUAUCCUCCAGAUGACUAUCGACCUGAGGAUGAAUAUCGUGAGUCUGAGUGGGAUAGGGACCGUCCGCUACCUGAAAGGAGUUAUCCUCCUCGUAUGCAACCACCAGAGUCCUAUAGAGAGGACAGAGAUCGCUGGGCAGAGGAAAGGGAAAGAGAAAGGGAAAGGGAGAGGGGGCACCCGUAUUCAUAUGAUGAGCAUGACAGGGCUAGGGGGGAGCUUAGAGUCCGGGAGUACAGGGACGAGCCAUCGUAUCGACAGGAAGAACCACCAUACCCACCACCACCCUCUUCAGAAUGGGACCGUUCUUCAAGACUUCCUCCACCAUCAGAGAGUGGAUAUACUCCAGACUAUGAUGAUCAUAGACUUCGCUAUAAGGACCACAGAGAGGAGUCUGCUAUGAAUAUACCUCCUCUUCCUGCUGCACCUGUGUCAAACUUGCCAGAGAGUUCAGGUGAAUCAGCACCACAAGGAUCAGGUGUACUCGCCCUGUCCCAGCGACAACAUGAAAUAAUCUUGAAAGCUGCUCAAGAGCUGAAAUUGAUAAGGGAAAUGCAGGAGGGCAAGACCUCUGGUAGUGAACCUCAGCCUGCACCUGCUGAAGUCAUACCUGAGCUUCCUGCUGGACUCCUUGGUUUGGAGAUCCCACCAGAUGUCAGAAAUGUCCUGAAGGGCAUGUCUGCAUCAGCACAGGCAGCUAUAAAUGAAACUGUGUCCUGGGAUACCAAACCUGCUGCUACAGAUUACCAGCCUUCACACCCACCUGCAGCUACACCUGCACUAAUUCCAAAGACUGUGGAUUAUGGACACGGACAUGAGCCUGGUGCUACCGUUGAGCGAAUCUCUUAUGGGGAGAGAAUUGUGUUGAGGCCUGACCCGAUGCCAGCUGACAGGGGAUAUGAAAAAGAACUCCUUGGUCCCAGAGAUCCUUAUAGUAGAGACCCAUUUUACGACAGACGACCAGACCCUUACCUGGACCGCCGGGAAUACAGUAGAGAAAGAGAAUCAUACAGAGAAAAGCUUCCACCUGAAUAUGAAAGAGAGAGAUUUGAGAGAGAACGCUUCCCCCCAAGAGAUGACAACACACAGUCCAUGAUUGAAGAAAGGUCUCUGCCACCACCUGUUCGCCCAGGAUAUAGGGAAAGAGAACGGGAUGUUCGAGAGAGAGACCGCAGCGGCAGCCGUGAUCGAGAUGACCAUUAUGGAAGAUCAUAUGAUAGACCCCUCUACGAACGUGCUGGUCUUGACCGUGGUGUACCUGAGCGUUACGCUCAUGGCUCCUCUCCUUAUGUGGACAGGCGAAGUUAUCCAGAUGAUCGAGGGCCUCCUGCUAUGCCAACCCUCCCACCCCCCCCUCAGCCACCCCCACGAGUUGAGAAGAAACCAGAAAUUAAGAACAUCGACGACAUCCUCAAACCACCCGGCAGAUUAUCUCGGCCUGAGAGAAUUGUCAUCAUAAUGAGAGGGCUCCCAGGAAGUGGAAAAAGCCAUGUUGCAAAGCUCAUACGGGACAAGGAAGUUGACUGUGGCGGUGCCCCACCAAGAGUCCUUGUUUUGGAUGAUUAUUUCAUGACAGAAGUUGAAAAAACAGAGAAAGACCCAGACACAGGCAAGAGGGUCAAAACAAAGGUUCUUGAGUAUGAGUAUGAGCCAGAGAUGGAGGACACUUACCGGAGCAGCAUGCUGAAAACUUUCAAGAAAACUCUAGACGAUGGCUUUUUCCCCUUCAUAAUUUUAGACACUAUUAAUGACAGGGUUAAACAGUUUGAUCAGUUCUGGAGUGCUGCAAAGACUAAAGGCUUUGAGGUGUAUCUUGCUGAAAUUACAGCAGACAGUCAGACUUGUGCAAAGAGGAAUGUCCAUGGGCGUACACUUAAAGAUAUAAUGAAGAUGUCCAACAACUGGGAACCCUCUCCACGUCACAUGGUGCGCUUAGAUGUCCGCUCCCUGCUUCAGGAUGCUGCUAUAGAAGAGGUUGAAAUGGAGGACUUUAAUCCUGAUGACGAGCCUCAGGAACCCAAGAGAGAAGAGGAAGAAGAGGGUGAUAUGGGCUACAUACCCAAGAGCAAAUGGGAGAUGGACACGUCUGAGGCAAAACUUGAUAGGCUGGAUGGUCUGGGCAGCGGCGGGAAGAGGAAACGUGACGGUGAAGACAUGGCAGGCAUCGAAGACUUUCUUCAGCUGCCAGAUGACUAUGCCACACGCAUGUCUCAACCGGGAAAGAAAAGGGUCCGAUGGGCCGAUCUUGAAGAGCAGAAGGACGCCGAUCGAAAGCGUGCUAUAGGCUUUGUGGUGGGUCAGACGGACUGGGAGAGAAUAACGGAUGAGAGCGGCCAGCUGGCCCAGAGAGCUCUCAACCGUACCAAGUAUUUCUAAGAAGAUAAUCUUGCUCCCUUUUUCCCCUUCAUUGAAAGGUGUCCAGAAUGUGAAAACACUGAAGUUAACUUGCAGUGAAACAUGAGUCUCAUCAAGGUGAUCAUCAGUAGAUAUCAAAUUCUUAGUUGUUUCAUCAUUAAGGAUACCAUAUAGUUAUCUUUUCUCAUUUUUAAACAGGCACUCUGGAUCUCACAGAUAAACUUGUAGGUCAUGGUUCUCUGUUUCUUCUGUUUAUGUAUUGGUAUUAAGUCAAGUUUUUUGCUGUUUUAUACUCUUCAUGCUUAUGUGCUGUAUUCCUGUAGCAUUGUUCUUGGAACAUGCAUACUCGAAUAAAGAUAAUAAAAAACCAAAAAAAAAAUCUACUUGGAUUGUC